AUAUGUGUCUAACUAUACCACUUGCUGGAAUGUUGCCUGCAACAUGCCGAUUAUCUUCCACGUCCGUGGUAGCAAAAGGAUAUCCCAUAAUAAUCAUAGGCACUUUUUCUUAUUCUUGUAUUAAUACAACCCGCUUCCAUACCAAAACUUUGAUACAGCAUUGGCCCUUGGCAUCAAAUACUGAGUGCCAGCGAAAAACUGUAUAAUUCUCACUAUACAUUGUGAUUCCCGCGAUCAAAAUACUAAAAGUUGACUUGAGUAAGUCUAUUAAAGACUGCCACUCGAAGUAUCGAAAUCCAAAGACUGAAGUUCACAGUGCCAGCAAGCCUUUCAUUGUGAACGUGCACGUAGUACCAGUUCUAUAGUACACUGCAAUCUACCGUUCCGACCCUCUUAGUUUCUCAAAUUGGUUCAACAUGGCGGUAACGUGGGAACAUCGGUGUGUGUUGUGGGCCUUGGCGUCUGCUGGUUUCACUGCGUAUGUUAUCAAUGCAUAUUUCAUCAACGACGCCACUUGGUUAUGCCGUGUUGCAGCAGGUUUCUUAGCGAUUCUGGGCACCUUGUCCUCGGUCACAGCUUUUCACAUCUCAACCCUCCGGUGCUCCGAAAGUCACACCCUCAAGACACUGUUGCAGCAGUACAUCCUCUUCCAAGGAGCAACCCUUGCCACGCCAUUCAUCUUGUAUCAGCUUAAAAAGCUAUGGAAAGAGCCACGCAAGGCGCAGGAGAAGUUUCUCCUAAAGCUGAUCUCCCGCGACGCAGAUACAGAGUACGGCAGACGAUACUUGACAGGCAUCCAAUCACUGCAGGAUUUCCGAGACAAACAUCCACUCACCAAGUAUGAUCACUACCAGGAUUACUUCCAGAGACUGGCAGACGGGGAAAAGAACGUCUGCGUGGCAGCCAAAGUGGACAGGUUUGGAAUUUCCUCAGGCACCACGGGAAAGGGCAAGCUGAUACCAAUGGUAUUUAAUGACAGGGGGUUGGGACUCGUGGUCGUUUUACAGGCAGUGGGGUCGAGCCCCAUACAGAAAAUGGCGGGGUUGUACUGCAAACCGGCACAGAAGUUUACCAAGUCAGGACUGCCUAUUGCACCAGCGGUAUUCGUGCCUGACAAUAGUUCCCUUGCAAAAUUCAUGGUAAGCACGCUCCUGAAUUCACCAUUUAGUGCCUUCCAGAUUUCUACGGAUUUCGAAGCCACCUACGUCCACCUUCUCUUCGCACUGACCGACAAAAACGUCUGCACGUUCAGUGCUCCAUUCGCGUCACAGGUGUACAGGGCGUUCUCCAUGCUGGAAGAUGAGCAAGACAUGUUCUUGGAGGAUCUUUCUACAGGCAGGAUCAAUCCUAGACUGAACAUUGAUGCGGAGAUACGACGUUCGCUGGAUGCUGCCUUGGAGGCCAACCCAGCCAGGGCUCAUGAGCUGAGAGCAGAGUUUGCUCGAGGUUUUGUUGGUAUCCUUGGGCGAAUCUGGCCGCAUCUGAAUUGCUUUGUGACCGCAGAUAUAUCUGGCUAUGUGCAGAAACUCAAAGCCAAAUACACCAAAGGCACCCGUCUUUACACAUUCGCUUACGGCUGCACCGAAGGUUUAGUUUGCUACAACUUGUGGAUGGACGGUAGACCGCCGCAAUAUGUGCUGAGCCCUAGUACAAACUUGACGGAGUUUAUUCCUGAAGAUCUCAGUGAGGAGGCAAAUCCAACGACUUUAUUUCUGGAUGAGAUCGAGGUUGGAAAACGCUACGAGAUAGUCAUAACGACCCUCAGUGGGUUUUACCGCUACCGCAUGGGCGACGUGGUGGAGGUUGUAGGUUUCCAUGACAACUGCCCGGUGAUUCAAGUGAAAUACAGAACUGGCGAGCUGUUGAAUUUACGCAGUGAGAAGACUGACAAGCUUGUAGUGAACAACGCCAUACAGGAGAGCUUGACCAGCUGGCCAGAGGCGACGCUGGUGGACUGGACAUGCGCAGAGAGUCCCUUGAUCUACGAGGACCACCAGGAAGAUGUCAAGUAUGACAUGUAUUAUCUGCUUUUCCUCGAGUUCGAAACAGAAGUGCGUCUGUCGACGGACCAGAAAUCUAUGUUCGACCAGUCCCUUCGCAAACAGCACGAGUUCUACGACCACUACCGCCAAGUUGGCACCAUCUGCGAGGCUCGCGUGAUGAUCGUUCGCCCAGGAUCCUUCAAGAAAUUGCAAGACUUCAUAAUAGCGACCUCCACGGCCAGUUAUAACCAGUUCAAGAUGCCUAAAAAACUGCGCACCAAGGCGACCCUUGACCUAAUGAUGGGCAGCGUCGUUGAUAAAGCUGCUUGACGGGAGAUUCGAUAUCUGUAGGGGUUUGUACUAUAUGACACAUAGGUAUGACAACUUUGUGCAUAAGACUUACGCCCUCAGCGUUUAAAUGCAAAGCAUGCACCGUCCGCGAUGCGUGCGCGUUCCUAAGCCGCUACCACUUUGUUUAUUUUAUUAUAACCACGGUUGACAAAUAGAAAUAACAUUGAUUACGUAUAAGAAUACAUAUGUAGAAUCGUGCCUAUACUCAAAAAGUGUAACGUUUCAACAUCAGCAGCGAUUUUUAUCAAUAUUUCCAGCAGCUUGGAAAAUCCUAAGGAUUCUGGACGUCAUAAGCCGUUUCACGGAUACCGCCCUUCUUUGUGGUCACGUGGUAUUUUCCGGGGGGGGGGGCGUUUAAAAAAAAAUACGUCCCAUCAGGCUCAGGAAAAAACGGUAGGAUGGGACGUAUUUCUAUUAAAAUGCCCCGGGAGAUUACCACGUGACCACACAGAUGGCGGUAUCCUUGAAACGGCUUAUGUGAGCAAUUUUGUUAAAACACUACAUUGGAAUAAAUUAUUGGGGGGCGUCUCCCGACUACGGGAAGAUAGUAGGAGAGAAUCUCCUUAAGUUAUCCGCCCAUGUCUUUGGCAUUAACCCUAACAUGAGAUUGACGCCCACUAAUGUCAGAACGGCUCGACGACUAAAUAGUUCACCUUUAACAGGCACGAUAAUCCACCUUUGAACUGUUUCUAAAUGUAAAUGUUGGCAUGUAGGCCAUGGCAAGCUCACUGGCACGACCAAACGAGAAGACAAAAGAUGACAAGGAGUGCAACAUUUAUCAAACAGUAAUAUAUUUCAUGCCAAGAAGACAAGAAAUGGCAUACAUCAACAAUAAAUACUUAUAGAAAUAAAUAAUUUUACAGUACAAAUCGUUUUUAUAAAAAUAAAUAUUAUAAUUUUUAUGUAUAUUUUGUAACGUCUCCUACAUGUUUCCAUGGCGUCAGCCUGUCGGUUGCAUGAAAUUGUUGUUAUAAAACUUGCACAGGAUUUCAAUGAUAUAAAAAAUUAGUGCAGAAUACUAGAGUUAAUAAGAGAAAAGGGUCAAUACGAUUAUAUUGAAAUCAUUUAAUCUUCUAUAUAUGUAAUAAAUAUAUUAAUUUGGUCAUCAUUCUUUUCUAUAAUACCUAGUUACAUGUACAAUUGAGUCGUAUGUUUAAUAAUUUGCAUUCUAUAUCAGUCGAAAAAACAAUCCACACAUACUGAAUACCAAUAUAAAUAGUAUUGCAACGCUGAAGCAUAGUAAUAUCAAACUGGAAUAGAAAUAGGACCUAAAGUUACAAUAUUUACAUGAAUUGCAUUAAUUAAGCUAACAAUUUUACUCAAGUCUGAACUUUAAAGUCGUUUUCUACCAUGAAGUUGUAGUUUUGGCUGGCUUAACUAGUUAAUCAAAUGAAACUAAUACUACGCGCUAAAAACUAAAGAUUAACAUUUGUGUAGGAGUAAAUGUACAUUUUUUUCGCGCGGCUAUAAGCAGCUUUAGUAAGUUUUCUUAAUUUAGUAUUUUUUUUACAAAGAACAAACUUAUUACGUGACGUAUGCUAUUCGAACGUAGCUGAUUGGUUACAUUUCCAUGUUGUCUGCGGCUAUUCUCAGUAACUGUUAAAAAAAAAAAAUGGAACAUUUGAUAAGAAAUAAGAACACAUCAGAAAUUUAUGUAUUAUCUAUCCACGCACGGUAAUUUUGGCGCGUUGUCGCCAUUUAACGAGCAAUUCGUCUGAACGGAUACACUGAAUAACAAUAAAAUAUUGAGAUCGUUGUCAAGCAGGAACAA